AUGACUACCACAGAGCAAGAAACCCAGGUCCAAACCCUGCGCAAGAUACUCACAUCGGAGUCUGAGCCCCUCGCCCGACGAUUCCGUGCUCUCUUUUCUUUGAAGUACCUCGCAGGCCUGAACCCGCCCACCGAGCAAACAGUCCCCGCAAUCGAGGCCAUCGGCGCCGCUUUUACUUCGCCGUCUGCUCUUCUGAAGCACGAACUGGCCUACUGUCUAGGCCAGUCUGGCCAUGAUGCUGCUAUUGCGCCACUGAGGGCCGUGUUGCAAGACAAGGACGAAGACUCGAUGUGCCGACAUGAGGCUGCCGAAGCGCUGGGUGCAUUGAGCGACAAGGGCAGCCUGGAUCUGCUGAAGCAGUUGAGAGACGAUGUCAAGGAGGUCGACGUCGUGCGGGAAACGUGCGACAUUGCUGUUGAUCGCAUUGAAUGGGACCAUGGAUUACAGAAGGGACAGGAAAAACUGAAGAAAAGCGACUUUACAUCAAUCGACCCUGCACCACCACUGCCACAGGGCGCCGAGAAGCCAUCAAUACCAGAACUUGAGAAGACACUCCUCGACACAUCCUUGCCCUUGUUCCAGCGUUACCGCGCCAUGUUCGCCCUGCGCGAUCUUUCCUCGCCGCCUGAUCUCCCAACAGCUAUCCCAGCUGUACAAGCACUCGCCCGCGGCUUCAGCGACCCAUCUGCUCUCUUCCGCCAUGAGAUCGCAUUCGUUUUCGGACAGUUAUCGCACCCGGCGUCCAUUCCCAGUCUGACAGAGGCACUGAGUAACACAAAUGAAGCUAGUAUGGUUCGCCACGAGGCUGCGGAGGCGCUGGGUAGUUUGGGUGAUGAGGAAGGUGUCGAGGAUACUUUGCGCAAAUUCUUGAACGAUCCGGAACAGGUUGUGCGAGACAGUGUGAUUGUCGCGCUUGACAUGGCAGAGUUCGAGAAGAACGGAGAGAUGGAGUACGCGAUUGUGCCACAGGCUGCUGCGGCUUAG